GUUCUGAAUCUUUCCCUAUACUUAGUGGCAAUACUCCUUUCUGAUAAGGCAAGGUACUCCUGAAGCAAUGUCUGGGUUUAGAGGAUGGAGGGAAAGCAAAAGGUACAGGACGGCUGCUGCCUCCAGUACCCCGGUUUCCUCUCAUGGUUACCUCUGGGAUAGCAACAACAAACAACAGACAGAGAAGGCUGAAAAUGCCCAGAAGCGGACAACAUUUGAAGAGGAGCAAAGUCGCCAAGCAUUGGUCCCACAUCAAGAGCAGUAUGUCGGCCCAUAUGUCUUGAUAACUCCAAAUGAAACCAGAAGAAAACAGGUGAAGCAAAUUGCUAAGAAAGAGCUAGAUGACCUGGAGCAGUGGAAGAAAGAACACAGGCCAGGGCCAAUUAAGUUGGUUCCGCAGAGACUGGGUGGAGAGGAAUCAGAGGCUCAAGCAAGGCAAAAACACCAAAUGAUGUUCAUGCAAUCUAAAUACCAGCAAAAGCUCAAGAGAGAAGAAUAUAUAAAAGCAAAAAAGGCAGCUGAAGAAGCUGAAAUCCUGAAAAAGAAAGAAAUUCAGAGAGAAAAGGCAGAGAGACUUGAAGUUAAAAAAAGACAACAAGAAAUGCAAAGAAGACAGAUGUUCCUUGAAGAUCAUUAUUACAAAACCAAUGAAUUAUUGAACAGAUUUGACUUGGGUUUGCCAAAGAGUGAUUCCUGUCAGAUUGCUAAUGGUGGCCCAGAAUCUACAGCAUGGACAAGAAGCCAUACUUAUAAGCAAGCUCUUCGAGAGGAUGAAAACAGAAGAUUAGAGGAAAUGAAGCAAGAUCAACGGAGGAAGGCUGAAUUAAUGGAAUUUAAACAAAAGAAGGAAGAGGAAGCCAGAACAAGAGCACAUCAAAUUGAACAGAGGAGGGUAAAUAAUGCUUUCCUGGACCGACUUCAGAACAAAAUGAAACCUCAUUGCACCUAUCAACCUGGACAUUCUGAGAGUCUGGACUACUUCAGUAAUGAUGCCCAGGAAUCAAAGUACUUGGAAUAA